AUGUUCAAGCCUUCCACCGUCGCAUCUCUUCGUUCUACUACUAGACUCAUCGCCGGAAUCCAGCGCCCCGCUUUCCGACCCUUUUCUUCCACACCCAUCCCCCGCUUCACGCCUUCUUCUCUCAAAAUGGGUGUCACUCCUAUCACCUCCGCCGAGGAGUACAAGGCCAAGGUCACUGAUGCCACCGGCCCCGUCGUUGUCGACUUCCACGCCGUCUGGUGCGGUCCCUGCAAGGCCAUUGCCCCUACCCUCGAGAAGCUCAGCGAGACCCACUCCAACGUCCAGUUCUACAAGGUCGACGUCGAUGAUCUCUCCGAGGUCGCUGCUGCCAACGGUGUCUCCGCUAUGCCCACCUUCCACUUCUACAACGGUGGUGAGCGCAAGCAGGAGGUCAAGGGUGCCAACCCCCCUGCCAUCCAGGCUGGUCUCAAGGCUAUCCUUGAAUAG